AUGCAGGACAGGAGGUUUGAGUUUAAAGGGGCAGGGUCGUCAAGCUGCCCUAGUCCCAAACGCAAGUUGGAGCAAGAUGACAAUAUUCAGCCUAGAAAACGUCACAAUUCAAAUCUAGAUGAAGUUUGUGAUAGUCGAGGGAGCUCAUCUGAGGAGUCACUUUUGGAUACAAUAGUUAAACCUUCAUGUUCACACGCUCAGCCAUUGCAGUUUUCUAUUAAAAAUGAUGUUGGUAAUUUUGCUUAUAAACUGCAAAUCAGUGAUGAACAGAAAUAUCAACUUCUUAGGAAUCAUUUUAUUCCGAAUAAAAAAUUUGUAUUUCCAGUUACCAAGUAUGGGGGCCGUAACAGAACAUUUCAGAGUACUUGGUUGGAAAGAUAUGUAGGCCUUGUAUAUUCACCUUCUUUAAAUGGCUGCUUUUGCAUCUACUGCUUCUUAUUUGGAUCAGAUGAUUUAGGUGUUUUAUCAUCCAAACCUCUUUUAGAUAUGGCCCAUGCUCACGACAGGCUAACUAAACAUUUUGGGAAAGACGAUAAAGAGGCCAAAAAAUCACAUGAAUUUGCUAGGGAAAAGGCACUCAAUUUUCUUGCUGUGAUGGAAAAUACCAAAGAUGAUAUAAGAACUCAAUCAAACACAAAAAAAGCCGAAGUUGUAAGAAAAAAUCGCGAAAUCUUGUCCUCUGUUAUCAAAUGUGUGAUUUUAUGUGGGAGGCAAAAUUUGCCUUUACGAGGACACAGAGAUGACUCGCAGCAUGUUGGUGACAAAAACACUAACAGUGGAAACUUUCAGGCCUUGCUGUACUUUCGCAUUGACUCUGGGGACGUGAAUUUAAAACGCUAUCUCGAAAACUGUCCUCGAAAUGCAACAUAUCGAUCUAAAACAAUACAGAACGAAAUAAUUGAUUGCAUCAAAGAUUGUAUUGUUGAUGAUUUAUUGGCUGAGGUCAAAGACUCCGGAUUUUAUUCAAUUUCUGCUGAUGAAAAGGCAGAUAUAUCUAACACUAAACAGCUAUCAAUUUGUCUCAGAUUUGUCGAUAAAUCAUCCAACAUUCGAGAGGUUUUUAUGGGAUUUUUGGAUGUUACGCCCGAUACAAGUGGUAAAAGCAUAGCCGAAAACAUUUUAUUAACUUUAACUGAUUGGGGUCUAGACAUUCAAGAUUGUCGUGGUCAAACGUACGAUGGGGCUGGAAAUAUGGCUGGUAAAAUAAAUGGCGCAGCUGCUAUUAUUACCAACACAAACGCAAAGGCAUUGUACACCCACUGCAAUAGCCACUGUCUAAAUCUGGUCUUAAAUCAGUGUGCAAAAUCACCGCUCGUCCGAAAUAUGCUAGACACGGCAGAAAAGGUUUUUAAUUUCUAUAAAUUUAGUCCAAAAAGAAACAAUAAUCUUGAAUCAUGGAUUGAUAAACUUUGUGAUACUAAGAAGCAUAAACUUAUUGAAAUGUGCCGCACUCGAUUUGUGGAACGACACAAUGCCUUUGAGGUUUUUUUGGUGUUAUAUUCCGCUAUUGAAGCAUCUUUAACAGAAAUGAUGUCGUCGCGAAAUUUCAACAGAGAGACGUCAUCCGAGUCCUCAACAUUACAUGCCGCAAUAACUAACUUUCAAUUUUUGAUUACACUGGUCAUAGUGAAAAACUGUAUGGCAUUCACCAGAGGCUUGAGCACAAAACUUCAGGGACGGACUUUAGACAUCGUAGCAGCUUAUAAAUCUGUCUCAGUUGUCAAAGAAGCUAUAACCGAUAAAGUAAUAAAAAUGGCAAGACCGAAUAAAGUGAAAAAUAGUAAGGCAGGAUCGACAGAGUUUACAACUGAAAAUAAUUUGCAGCACAAAAGAAAUUAUCCCUAG